AUACAGCAUCCCGUCCCUGUUCGCGCUGUUCAUAAUCUUGAGUCCUCCGAUUCAUCUACCUUCGGCUUGACUCUGAGCGGUCACCCCUCAGAGGCCACAUCCACCUUCAAAAUUUCGAACGUUGCAGAACACGAUGUUUUAUGGCCGACUAAUUUCAACUCAACUUGCCCUGAAUUUUUCACCGAGGCCCCUGCUUCUACUGCAAUUAUGCCUCUUCCUAAUACUACUUCUCCCACUUCACAUGCAAAGUCUCUACUCCCUGGAGCAACGUUGCCACCGCCUUCUCUGGACCAGCCUCCAAAUCUAUCUCCUGUGAUUCAGUCCCUACAAGCGCCCCCAACUCCACCCCCUAGAGUUCAUUGGCCUAAUAUAAUACAUUCCUCGGCGACGCUCAAUAUUCACUAUUGGAUACCCUAG